AUGUCCAACGGCGGUGGGGGUGCCCACUUGCAAUACAAACCCGCUUCAGGUGACAGCUUGUUCGUCAGGGACUUGUUCAGGGAGGUUGAGGAGGACGACUAUGGAGACCUCUUCGGGGACGGGAUGGAGGAUUCGGAGUCUGACGUUGAGGGGGGCCCUGGCGCAAACGACAUCCUGGCCGACCUGAUGGCGGAUCCAACUGUUCGCAACUUGACACUAGACCUUCUGAAGCCGACGCACCUCCUGCAGAAGGCGAAGGACGAGCUCCUAUCGCAGAUGCGGGAGGAGAGGGCGCGGCAGAUGGAGAAGAGGGAUGCAGAGUCCAAAUUGCAGGCCAUCAGUGCUGACAUCGCGAGACAGGAGGAUAUUAUCCGGGAGGCCCGGGCACACCCUUCGGUCAGGAAGCGGAUGCAUGACAGUUCCCAGCUUCGUCCGGGAGACAAAGUGGUGCUCAAAGACGAUGAGGAGGGCCGCGCCCUCACCGUGCUGGAGGUGUUGCCGCCUGAGCCUUUGCCUCCGGGGCCGCUGCGAUUCCAGGCGACUUCCGGCAUGGCUUCGACGCAGGUUGUUGCGGUGGAAAUUCAGCGGAGCGCUGCUUUCAAGAUCACGGGCUUCAACGGGUCCACCAUGACCUCUCUCAAAGCAUUCACGAAGGCACUUUGCUGGACCGAGAACACCCCGCACAACGGAAUGGCCAAGGUGAUCAUCCGUGGCUCCCAUAAACAGGUGGAACUCUGCAAGAAGGUUGUGAAUGGCCUGGUGGAUGGAUCUAUCCGUCCACAGGAUUUGGCGCAGUUGGCGCAGAUCAGUGCGCACGGGCCAUUGGUGUCGCGGGGUGGAGAGCUACUCCGGUGCCCGACGGAGGGCUACACCUGCCGAGAGCUGGCAGGGACCAGGGGCCCGGAGUUCCGCAGCUUCCCACCUCGGAGCGCCACCAACUUCAGCGGCAAGUGCGAGAAGCUCCACGAGCUGCUCGAGAGCAUCUUGUCAGCGCAGCCCGGCAAGCAGCUAGAGAACGAUAAGGUGCUAGUUUUCAGCAGUCACAUCAACACCAUCCAUAUGCUCGAGCAGCAGAUCAGCGAGAAGUGGAACACCAAGGUGGGCAAGAUCCUUGGCAGCAUGACAAACGAGCAGCGGGAGGAGGCUAUGGAGAUCUUCCAGACGGACCCAGGAAACAAUGUGAUGCUGAUCAGCCUUCAAGCUGGUGGAGUUGGCGUGACUUUGACAGCGGCGUCGCAUGUGGUUCACUUCGACCGAUGCUACAACCCGGCGAAGGAAAACCAAGCCACCGAUCGGGCGCACCGAAUCGGACAGACAAAGACGGUCUUCGUCCACAGGUUGACGUGCAAGGAUACCUUCGAAGAGAGGCUUGCGCAAAUCAUGGAAAUGAAACAACGGCUUUCGGACUGGACUGUCCAAUCAGGCGAAGGGUGGAUUGCCGAUCUCGGCAAUGCAGAGCUACGGGAGCUCUUCGCCCUGGGCGGGCAAGGCACCGCGCCGCGCGUGAAGCGCAGCCGCGAGGUGCUGGAAGACUAG